AUGAGCUGGGGAAACCAGUCGGAGCCGACGGGAUUCGUCUUCCUGGCCUACCCCUCCCGCCCAGAGCUGCGCAUCCUGUCCUUCCUUGGCGUGGGCCUGGCCUACGUGCUGAUCCUCACCGGGAAUGUCCUCAUCCUGGUGUCCGUGCGGGCUGAACCCCGCCUGCACACGCCCAUGUACUGCUUCCUGGGCAGCCUGUCCGGGGUCGAGAUCUGCUACACGGCGGCGGUGGUGCCCCACAUCCUGGCCAACACCCUGCGCUCCCACAAGAGCAUCAGCCUCCUGGGCUGCGCCGCUCAGAUGACGUUCUUCAUUGGGCUCGGCGGCGCUGACUGCUUGCUCUUGGCGGCCAUGGCCUAUGACCGCUAUGUGGCCAUCUGCCACCCCCUGCAGUACCCUGUCGUCAUGACGUUGACCCUCUGUGUCCGCCUGGUGGUGGCCUCUGGCGUCCUGGGCUUUUCCCUGUCUUUACAGCUGGUGGCUUUCAUCUUCUCUCUGCCCUUCUGCCACGCCCGGGGCAUCGAGCACUUCUUUUGUGAUGUGCCCCCGCUCAUGCAGCUUGUGUGUGCCAGCGCCCCCUUCCACGAGCAGUCGGUGCUGGUGGCCGCCACGCUGGCCAUCGCUGCGCCUUUCUGCCUCAUCACUGCCUCCUACGCGCGCAUAGUGGCUGUGGUGCUCAGGGUUCCGUCAGCAGCCGGGCGCGGCAGGGCCUUCUCCACCUGCUCCGCGCACCUCAGCGUGGUGCUGCUGCAGUACGGCUGCUGCGCCUUCAUGUACCUGCGCCCCAGCCGCAGCUACCACGCCGGGCGAGAUCAGCUCGUCUCCCUCCUGUACACUCUGGGAACCCCCCUGCUCAACCCCCUCAUCUACACUCUGAGGAACGGUGAGAUGAAAGGGGCCAUAGGGAAAGUGCUCAGCAGGAGCUGUGUCACCCACAGCCGGGGAGGCCGCCACCCCGCGGACUGGGGUUUGGUGGCAGCCUCUGUGCAUCUCCAUGCAGUUAGGGAUGCUCUCAGCUGA